AAGCUUCCGCCUGUCGAAGAGUGUGCUGUACAGACGUGCCCGGUUUUAUAUGGUCUCAUUUAUGAAUGUGAAAAUGUGCACGCAUCCGUAUUUGGCUUCAGUCGCACCGGUGAAGCGAUUCCAUUGCAUAAUCAUCCCUCUAUGCAUGGUUUUGUCACGGUUCUCCGAGGCGCCUUGAAGGUGAGAUCUUUUUCGUUCUUGGAUCCUACUGGCAAACACUGGUCAGGACGUACGAAAGUACGAUAUGAAGGAGAAAAAGUUUUGAAGAAAGGAGAUGGUUGCGUAAAUCUGCAUCCUAUCAAAGGAAAUAUCCAUGAAAUAAUAGCAAUGGAAGACGGCUCGUUUUUCUUUGACGCUCUUUUACCCGGAUACGAUGAUACACUAAAUUGUACAUAUUUCGAAGCGCCAGAGGAUCUUCCAUUGGCUGGACAUGAUUGCUCCCUGAAAGAAGUUGGUUGUCCCAGUAGCUACUUCUGUUAUACGAUCCCUCUUGAACCUUUGAAGAAGUUCUUUGAUAACAUGCGUGCUAAUCUUUGUUGUAUAGCUUGGGUUUUACAUGUGUUUGAUGGGCACUUUGUGAUUAGUUAUACUACCGGUCUUGAUGAGAUUUUUUAGAU